ACGGGGCGGGAGAGCCGGGCGCGCAGCCCAUGCGGUGAAGAGGAGGAGGCUGCGAGCCGGGGGCAUCCUCGCCCAUGCCCGCUCGCCCGCUCGCCUCGUAGGGACCGAAGCGCCGGCGCCGGAGACCAUGGGGCAGCGGGCGCUGCUGCUGCUGCUGCUGGCGGGGCUGCUGGGGGAGGCUCUGGGCGGCUUCCCAAACACCAUCAGCAUCGGCGGACUUUUCAUGAGAAAUACUGUUCAGGAGCACAGUGCUUUUCGAUUUGCUGUGCAGUUAUACAACACAAACCAAAAUAUCACAGAAAAGCCCUUCCAUUUGAACUAUCAUGUAGACCACCUGGACUCCUCCAACAGUUUUUCAGUGACUAAUGCUUUCUGUUCACAGUUCUCCAGAGGAGUUUAUGCCAUCUUUGGAUUCUACGACCAGAUGUCAAUGAACACACUGACGUCGUUUUGUGGGGCUCUGCACACGUCCUUCAUCACCCCCAGCUUCCCAACAGAUGCAGAUGUGCAGUUUGUCAUCCAGAUGCGGCCAGCCUUAAAAGGAGCCAUCUUGAGUCUUUUGACAUAUUACAAAUGGGAAAAGUUUGUGUACCUCUACGACACAGAGAGAGGGUUUUCCAUUCUUCAGGCAAUUAUGGAGGCAGCAGUGCAGAACAACUGGCAAGUGACAGCCAGAUCCAUGGGAAACAUAAAGGAUGUUCAAGAGUUUAGGCGAAUCAUAGAGGAAAUGGACAGACGACAAGAAAAAAGAUACUUAAUCGACUGUGAAGUAGAGAGAAUAAACACCAUUUUGGAACAGGUUGUAAUCCUUGGUAAACAUUCUCGAGGCUAUCACUACAUGCUAGCUAACCUGGGUUUCACGGACAUUACGUUGGAGAGAGUAAUGCAUGGAGGUGCCAACGUUACUGGAUUUCAGAUUGUGAACAAUGAAAACCCAAUGGUUCAACAGUUCUUACAACGUUGGGUUAGGCUGGAUGAAAGGGAAUUCCCUGAAGCUAAGAACUCACCGUUAAAGUAUACAUCUGCACUGACCCAUGAUGCAAUCCUAGUAAUAGCAGAGGCUUUUCGCUACCUCCGAAGGCAGCGUGUCGACGUCUCCAGGAGAGGCAGUGCUGGAGACUGCCUAGCAAACCCUGCUGUACCCUGGAGCCAAGGAAUCGAUAUAGAACGAGCACUGAAAAUGGUACAAGUACAAGGAAUGACUGGAAACAUCCAGUUUGACACCUAUGGGCGUAGAACAAAUUAUACAAUUGAUGUAUAUGAAAUGAAAGCUGCUGGAUCUCGGAAAGCUGGUUAUUGGAAUGAAUAUGAACGAUUUGUGCCAGCUGUGGACCAGCUAAUGUCUAACGACACUUCUUCUGUGGAGAACAGAACUAUAGUUGUCACUACCAUCUUGGAAUCACCAUAUGUAAUGUAUAAGAAAAACCAUGAACAACUAGAAGGGAAUGACAGAUAUGAAGGAUAUUGUGUAGACUUAGCUUUUGAAAUAGCAAAACAUGUUGGAAUAAAAUACAAACUGUCAAUUGUUGGAGAUGGGAAAUAUGGAGCUAGGGACCCUGAAACUAAGAUUUGGAAUGGCAUGGUGGGUGAGCUGGUCUAUGGGAGAGCAGAUAUAGCCGUUGCCCCACUCACCAUAACACUUGUACGAGAAGAAGUCAUAGACUUUUCAAAGCCUUUUAUGAGCCUGGGCAUCUCCAUCAUGAUCAAGAAGCCUCAGAAAUCUAAGCCUGGAGUAUUCUCUUUUCUGGAUCCUUUGGCUUAUGAAAUUUGGAUGUGUAUAGUCUUUGCUUAUAUUGGAGUCAGCGUAGUUCUUUUCCUAGUCAGCAGAUUCAGCCCUUAUGAAUGGCAUUUGGAAGACAACAACGAAGAACCACGUGACCCUCAGAACCCUCCUGACCCUCCAAAUGAGUUUGGAAUAUUUAACAGCCUUUGGUUUUCCCUGGGUGCCUUUAUGCAGCAAGGAUGCGAUAUUUCUCCAAGAUCUCUCUCAGGGCGAAUUGUUGGAGGAGUCUGGUGGUUCUUCACCCUCAUCAUUAUCUCUUCCUACACUGCUAAUCUUGCUGCCUUCCUAACUGUGGAAAGGAUGGUCUCUCCCAUAGAAAGCGCAGAAGAUCUGGCUAAGCAAACUGAAAUAGCCUAUGGGACUUUGGAUUCAGGCUCAACCAAAGAAUUUUUUAGAAGAUCCAAAAUAGCCGUCUAUGAGAAAAUGUGGUCUUACAUGAAGUCGGCAGAGCCAUCCGUGUUUACCAAAACAACAGCUGACGGCGUGGCCAGAGUGCGCAAGUCCAAGGGGAAGUUUGCCUUCCUGCUGGAAUCGACCAUGAACGAGUACAUUGAGCAGCGGAAGCCCUGUGACACAAUGAAAGUUGGUGGAAACCUGGAUUCCAAGGGCUAUGGUGUAGCAACUCCAAAAGGCUCAGCAUUAAGGGAAUGAUAUUUAGGGCAAAGUAAAAGCUGUGGCCUCAAGGAACAGAUGGAAGCUACAUCAUGGAAGGAGAUGUGUGCGCCGUUGUCUUAUGAUGUUAUUUUACGGACUGUACUUACUCAGGAUACUCUAUCAGCUAAGCUAAUGGAAUUGAUCUGUCAGCUUACGGGGUGGAGUCCCAGGCUUUGGGAUAUCAAUGUCCUGAGUUUGUAUUCAGCUUCUUCCUCCCCAGAUGUUAGCGUGUGCAUGUGUGUGGGUGUAGUGUAUAUAGGUUUAAAUCAUUACAGAUCCAUGGCAUCGGCAUCUUAGAUUGAACUUCUGUGACGCCUCGAUGCUGGUUUAUGCUCAAGAUUUGGGGUGAGUAUGUGACCCCUUUGCUUGCAUAUCUAUAUACUGCUUCCAAUUGCUGGACUAUAAAUAAUCUAUUCACACAGGAAAAUCCCUUUCAUAGCUUGCCUCUCUUCCUCCCUUUAGUUCACCAAGUAAUUUAUGGUUGUUUUAGAUCAUGAUGCCUCCUCCUGAUAUUGUUCUUUUAUUUCUAUUGUGAGGCUAGCAGAUACCCAGUGACUGUAAAUUCUGUGAUUUCCAAGGAUCUUGAGUCAUGCAACUGAGAAAAAAUGAAUGCAAAAUUGACGUGCUAUGGAGUUUUUCUUUCUAUUACGGUCCAUCAAACAAACUGUGCAACAUUUAUCAUUGUUGCAUCCAAAACCAGAUGUUCCAGUUGUAAUUUAAGACCACAGAGAUUAUAGUUCUAGUCUGAAAUAAUUAUAGAAAACCAGAUCUUCAGCUGGUGUAAAUUUCCUGCCUCUAUCGAAGUCAAUUAGCAACAGCUAUGGCAAUUAGCGGAAGCCUAAAGAUCUGACCCACGAAGUCAUGGAAGCUACAAAUAUUCUACUGAGUAAGAGUCUUACCAAUUCCAGCAAUGCUCAUUUACUCAGUGAGACUAAAUGGAGGGCUUGCCACAUCCAUAUGUGAUUUAUAUGUGAUAGUAUGCAUAAGCUGAUGUAACUGUUGCUGACAUGCUGGCUGCAUGUCAUCAUUCAUUCACUUAGCUUUCUUAAAUGAACAUGAAUUUAAUCUCACCCAUAGCGAAUCAUGGCAAAAUUGUACAGCAUAUUGUAUUCAGAAACUAUUGCUUGAUUGAGCCGAGUUCUUAUUUGUGUGACAACGUAGGGUAGUAGUAUUUAGGAAAUCUUCCUAAAAUGUGUUAUUAAAUGGUUCCAGUUUGGGGUUCCAUGAUUUUAUUAUACAACCAUUUCCCUCAGAGAUAAACUAAGUCUAAAGAAGGAACAAAUUUGCAAGAUAUAAUAUAGAUGAAGGUAGCAGGAUGAGAGGCUAAGUUAAAUUUACCAUUCAGUUGAAUAAGAACAAUUUUCGGCAAAGACAUAAUUCUGUAGUUCAAGUGCUGGCAGAUUUUGGUUGUUUCCUUGCCUUGAUAGUAACAUUCUGUGACACUUAAUACUUCAGUAAAUUGUUUGUGUGAAUUCAGUCCCCAAGCAGAUUUCAUAUGCGCAGAAUCUCUGCUAAUUAUUUGACUGAAUUUCUUUGUUGGUAAUGAAUUACUUUUUUAAGCUAAUAUAUUUUUAGAAACACAUUCCAAGUCAUGAACGAUACCAUGCUAUUUAAUUUUCAAGGCUAUUUUUAUUUUAGAAUUAACUCUGUAACCAUUUUGCAUAUAUUGUCUUCUGUGAUGUAUCCUAUACAUUUGAGAGCAGAAUUUUGCUAUGAGCAGAAUGAUUCUGUUCCCCUUCUCUCAUCUGCUUCUCUCGGGGUACAAUGUACUAUUAUAUUCAUUGCAUUUUUAAUACCAGUAUAUUUUUAAGAAAAAAUUUGUUAUGAGUUAUUUGAAAUUGUCCUUUAUAGCUAAGAAACCCCACUGGCAAAUGUCUGAAGCCUGGCAGAGAGACAAUUUUUUUCAAAUACGGCCUUGUAAAAAACAGCCAUGAAACAAUUCAUUUGUGCGAUUUGCAUGAAAAUAGUGUUUAUCAACGUGUAUUUACAUGUUCAUCUAGUGCAUGCUAUAAGCAGGGGCUAUGCAUAAAGAUGGAAAUGGGCUAAAAUGGUAGAUCAGAACUAAUCAUAGUAGCACUGAGCUAAUCUGCAGGUAUGUCUUAGCAAGUGAAAAUUGCUGGUUUUUUGCAAAUUACUGAGCAGUGUUUUUAAAAGGAAGAUACCAAAAAUGAUUUCGUGCAUUCAUUUGACAAAUACUGUUUCAUAGCAUAUUAUUAAAUGAUGUUGUAGCCUAUUUUGUAACAAUAAUGAAACCUUCGUAAUAGGACUGUGUGAAGCUUUGGUCCCUGAUUCAAUUCAGCAGAGAUUUGGCCCAACUCUGCAUACCUUGAGGUACCAGGCGGCUCGCGAAUGUUGAGAUGUUGGGGUGGAUGAAGCGUCCCAUAAAAGCAUGGGGGGGCUUCCCAGUGUGCUCGGCAGCAGACCCGGAAGUGGACCAGAAGCACUUUUGGUCCACUUCUGGGUCUGCCGAGGAGUGCAUGGGGCAUCCCCCCACGCCCCUCCCCGGUUCGUCAACUGGUGCCUCCUGGUUCUGGGGGGUCCAAGCCAGGGGGGCCAAUCACUGAGCCAGGAGGGCAUGCCCUCCCUCCCCCCCCCCGGCCCCACACGCUCAGCGGUGGGCCUGGAAGUACUUCUGGUCCACUUCCGGGUUCACCGCCGAGCACACGGGAGGGCCCCUGCACUCCUGUGGGACGCUCCAUCCACCCCACCAUCACAGCAUUCACAAGCUGCGCCUGGCACCUUGAGGUAUGUAGAAAACACAUUUAAAGCCGUGUCUAUGACCGAAUCACUAAUUCGCCAAAUCAGCAUCGAAUCUUCAGAUUCGGAUUCAACCGAAUCGAAUCAGGGACAGUGAUCCAAAUCAACUAAUCAAAUCACUGUCCCUGGUUUGGGCUGAAUCUGAAUCCAAAUCAAAUACGGCCCGUUUUCCACACCCCUGUUUCAUAACAGGAGGCUUCAUUACAGCACUCCAGUCUGCCCAAUAAGUUUGUAGGAGAUUCAUAGGUAUGCAAAUUAGCAAGGACCCUAACUCAGGAAUUCGAAGGGAGGGUUUCUGAAAAAUGUAUUAUACAGUUGGUGGAACAGCUUUUAGACGUGGGGCUUGCACUUAAGAAACAGGUGGAAAAGACGAACUAUUUGGAAAUACUCAACAUGGGAUCAAGUUUGCCACUGUUCCUCACUGGUCUCUUUCUUGGUAAGUGGUCCUCUCAAAGAAGCCACCUCGGGGAAACACGAUUUUUUCUUUUUUUAAAGGAACUUUUUUUUUUGCUUUGAAACAACCCUAUUUGUUCAUACCCAAGGCAGAUGCCCACAUUCAUCCGGGUGCAUUCUCUGUGAUCUGCCUCAGCUACCAAAGUUGGGGGCAACCGUGGCUUUACAGAGCCAACCCGGCUAUCCCAGAACGUUCUCUGCAGCCCUCAGACCAGGCAGCACCAAACUGAAGGCUAAUGAUGAUCCAGAAGGUAGGAGCCUCUGAAAAAGCUAUUACAAGGAGGAAAAAGAAACCCCUGGACAUGGAAAAGGAGAUGUAUGUAUAGACAAGCAAGAGAGAGAGACAAUGAGGAGGCUAGCUGGAAUAUGAGGUAAGGCAAGGUUUUUGCAUACGUCCAUUCAUAGCCAUGGUCACACAGAUUAGAAAAGGUCAAAGAAAGGAAGGGAGCAGGGGAAAAUCCUCAUACAAGAAAAUCUGUCAGGUGGUUUUCGUUACAGUAUAAACAUACCACCUUCCACGUACAGCUUCCCCAGCAGCAGUCAGAUGUAAAGAUUUGAGCACUAUCAUUAGCAUUCACAGCUCCUGCUCCUGCCACAUCAGUGCAUUUCAAUCCUGGGCGUUGUUAUAAAUGAAUUAAAAUGACUCAUAACUGCUCUCAUUUCCUAAUCCAAUAUGCAUGUAUUAUUGCAUUAGUACUUGACACUACUAUUAAAUAUUGAAUUAUGA